GCUGCAGGAUAAAUACAUACACACCUGAACCUGACUCAUAAACAGACAGACCUUACACUGACAUUCUGAAGAAGCUGAGACACAGCUUAGGUGGAUAUUUACCUGCUGGUGGUGUAUUCAGGUGGCUUUUACCUGCUGGUGGUGUAUUCAGGUGGCUUUUACCUGCUGGUGGUGUAUUCAGGUGGAUAUUUACCUGCUGGUGGUGUAUUCAGGUGGCUUUUACCUGCUGGUGGUGUAUUCAGGUGGCUUUUACCUGCUGGUGGUGUAUUCAGGUGGAUAUUUACCUGCUGGUGGUGUAUUCAGGUGGCUUUUACCUGCUGGUGGUGUAUUCAGGUGGAUAUUUACCUGCUGGUGGUGUAUUCAGGUGGCUUUUACCUGCUGGUGGUGUAUUCAGGUGGAUAUUUACCUGCUGGUGGUGUAUUCAGGUGGAUAUUUACCUGCUGGUGGUGUAUUCAGGUGGAUAUUUACCUGCUGGUGGUGUAUUCAGGUGGCUUUUACCUGCUGGUGGUGUAUUCAGGUGGAUAUUUACCUGCUGGUGGUGUAUUCAGGUGGAUAUUUACCUGCUGGUGGUGUAUUCAGGUGGCUUUUACCUGCUGGUGGUGUAUUCAGGUGGAUAUUUACCUGCUGGUGGUGUAUUCAGGUGGAUAUUUACCUGCUGGUGGUGUAUUCAGGUGGAUAUUUACCUGCUGGUGGUGUAUUCAGGUGGAUAUUUACCUGCUGGUGGUGUAUUCAGGUGGAUAUUUACCUGCUGGUGGUGUAUUCAGGUGGCUUUUACCUGCUGGUGGUGUAUUCAGGUGGAUAUUUACCUGCUGGUGGUGUAUUCAGGUGGAUAUGUACCUGCUGGUGGUGUAUUCAGGUGGAUAUUUACCUGCUGGUGGUGUAUUCAGGUGGGUGUUACCUGCUGGUGGUGUAUUCAGGUGGGUGUUACCUGCUGGUGGUGUAUUCAGGUGGGUGUUACCUGCUGGUGGUGUAUUCAGGUGGGUGUUACCUGCUGGUGGUGUAUUCAGGUGGGUGUUACCUGCUGGUGGUGUAUUCAGGUGGGUGUUACCUGCUGGUGGUGUAUUCAGGUGGCUUUUACCUGUUGAACCUUACCCCAAGAGAGAAGUCACUCCAUUCGGCACUCUGAUCUACACUCUUUCUAUCACAUUGGACUUUGUGCACAAUAUACUAGUACAUUUGUCUGAGACAGUGAAUCCGACCUAAACCCCCAGAGAGCAAGCAGAGACGACAGAAGCAAGGGAUAGGUAGAUACUCCAAAGGGAUUGGUAGAAACCUUGAGAGGAACCAGACUGCAGCGACCAACUGGGCCAAUGGUCUCUAUAUUUUUGGAAAUGCCGCUGUGGAGACGGACAAAGGCUGGCGAUGAGGAGUGUAACCGCGCUGUCCUGGUCACAAUGUCGAACUUUGACCACGGUGUACCACUGUGCAGGAGGCCGGGGGCAGAGAAAGAUGCCAAAAGACUCCACCGUACCCUGACCAGACUGGGAUACAGAGUGGACAUACACACUGACCUCACCUCUCAUGAGAUGUACACACUCUUCAAGACAGAGAGUGAGCGGCCAGUGAAGGAGUGUUUCCUGGCAGUGCUGUCGUCUCACGGGGAGGAGGGCUGUGUGUUCGGGGCGGAUGGAAGACCGGUUAGACUGUCCCACAUCUUCUCCUGCUUCAACAACUCACACAUGGAGGGAAAGACCAAACUGUUCUUUAUCCAGGCGUGUCGUGGGGGUGAGCUGGAUGAUGGGGUGACAGUGGAGACGGAUUCAGCAGGAAGUGAUGUCACUGAGGACACUCUGUCUCAGUACCUGUCCAUCCCCAUGGAUACAGCGGUGAUGUACGCCACCACGCCAGGUUACGGGGCCUUCAUGCACCCUCUGGGGGCUGUCUUCCUCCAGACACUCUGCAUCCUAUUGGAGGAGGAAGGGGGCAGAGCCUUGGAGCUGACACGCCUCCUGACACGCCUCUCCCACCGUGUAGCCUUUGGCUUCCAGGCCAAAGGUCGUCUGCUGGGGGGGAAGAAGGAAAUGCCUUGCUUCGUAUCGCGACUGACCAGAGAGGUGUUCCCAUUCGCCGAGCCGGGAAGGAGGGCGGGGCCAAUGGGCUUUCUGCAACGACAUUGGUCAACCCAGAGUACAACAGACCUCGCAAACCAUCUAUAAGCUAAACCCGAAGCCUUUGUGAGAUCUAAAGACACUUGUCGCUCACAGAUUGACAGGGUAGACUUGCUCUGUCAGCUACAUUAGUACGGAUGACUUUCGAUGUGUUGUUAGCCAGAGGGUUGUGAGUUUGUGCCAAGGUUGGGACAGAAUUUCCACUCUGUUACUUGUGUGCAUGUUCGUGUGCAUAAUAGAAACAGGACAUUGUGAAGAUCAGAUAUGCGGAUAAAGGAUCAGAUCUGGAGGUGUUGAUAGUUUCACCACAGAGUAGAUGAUUAUGGCGUCUUCCUUUACAGACAACUGAUGCAUCUUAAAAUAUUCUAGAUAAUGAACGGUAUACUAUGUUAUUUGAGUCUAUUUCUUUAAUCAAAAUGGCAAUCUAUGCCUAAGCUUCUGCUUCUAUGCUUUUAUUUGAAACCACUAAAUGUAAGUUGAACACACAUGCUCAAUGUUGAGUAUGUUAAAAACGACUUGCGUGUGACAAUAUAUUGUUUUCAUUCAUUGCUUUGAUAAAUAUAAUGUUCAAGGUGUUUUCAGUAUUUUAACUGAGACAAUACAUGACUGUAUUCCUAAGUUGUAGCAUUCUGACUGAUACAGUGAGAUGGAGAGUAAGUUGAAGAAGACACAGCUUUACGCCAGACCAGUGCACCAGCAGGCUCAGAUUUGAGUACCUCUGCUGUAGGAGGAACACCAGUCCAGGUAGACUAAAAGAUUAAAGUCACGCUACAGUCUCCUUUUCACCUCAUUUACUUAACAAAAGGAACAUCUCAAUAAGUGGCCCAGGUAUCCUCAUGACAUGGCACAAGUGGGGUUCUCUAUUUCUCAACUAUUGUUCCCGCAAGCAUGGGGGAGUCCAUCAGACCAACUCCUUGAAUGGCUGACUCCAAGAAGUUUGAACUUGUGUAAUUUUUUGUUGUUGCUAAAAACGUGUUAUUCUUUACCCUUAAGUGUGUGUAUAUUACUGUAUACGUGGGAUAUUGUUUUUCCAACAGGAAAAGUAAAAAGAUUGCUGGAA